AUGGUGUUAAUACUUUCACGUAUUUAUACAUUAUUACAACGACCAAAUAAAAAUACAAAUUCAUUAAAUAAUAAACAUGUUAAUAAAGAACAAACAAUAAUUGAUAGUUCAUCAAUAAUAUCAUCAUCAGAUAAUAUUCUUAUUGAACUUGUUGAAGAAUUAUAUGAACGUACAAAACAAUCAUCAACAUUACCAUAUGAAGCUUUACUUUUAUUACAUCCUUUAUCAUUAUUACUUGUACACAUUAGUUUAUUUUUUUCGUGCUUUAAUUAA